AACCCAUCAUCUUUAUCGGCGACUCCGCCGCGUAACAACCAACCCAUCACGGCAGUCCUCCACGCUACGCUCAUCCGCGCCACCGCCCCCGACGUGCCUCCCCCAUCCGAACCCUAGCCCCGUUGACCAGCGCGGCGACCGCCAUGGACGGCCUCGUCGCCUUCUCCCGCCGCCGCCGCCGCUGGCUCCUCCUCGCCGCGCUGGGGACGGCGUCGGCCUACGGCGCGUACAAGAUCUACCACCUCCCGGCCGUCGCCGCCCGCCGCCGCCGCCUCGUCCGCCUCGCCGCGGCCCUCGCGGCCUUCCUCGACGCCGCCGCGUCCUCCGCCGACGCGGCCGCCCUCGUCUCCUCCGACCUCGCCGACUUCGUCCGCUCCGACUCCGACGAGCUCCCCCGCAGCGUCGCGCAGCUCGCCAAGCUCGCCGCCUCCCCCGAGGUCUCCGCCACCGUCUCCGCGCUCUCCCAGGCCGUCGCGGCCGGGGUGCUCCGCGGCGUCGGCUCCACCCCCGGGGCCGGCUCCGGCGGCAAGGUGGCCCUCACGGACCGCCUCGUCGACAAGCUCUUCUCCGACUCCGGGGAGCGCCUCGCGUCCGCUGUCGCCGGGAGCUUCGCGCGCCACCUCGUAAUGGCCUUCUACUCCGCCCCGUCUCCUCCCGGGCAGACCUCCUCAUCGCCCGAUUGGGUCAACGUGGUUGCAACGGGAAAGGGGCACAAGGCGAUUAGCAGCUGGGUUGAGGUCCUCGUCGGCACCGCCGUGGGGGUGUUCAUUGACAAGACCAUACACAUCAAUACCUACGAGCAGCUCUUCGAAGGGCUCACCAAUCCAAGCCAUGACGCCAAGGUCAAGGAAUUGCUUGUUUCAGUAUGCAACGGGGCAGUGGAGACUUUGGUGAAGACCUCUCACCAAGUUAUCUCCAAGGCCAAUAGUAAAUUGGAUAAUAAUGGCAAUGGCAACAACAAUGGAAGUGGCACUGGCAGUAGCAGAGCUGGGGAAGGGUGGGUGGAGACAGUCUCUAGCACAUUGGCAGUGCCAAGCAACAGGAAUUUUGUGCUUGAUGUUACUGGGAGGGUGACAUUUGAGACGGUGAGGUCAUUUCUUGAGUUUGUGCUGUGGAAGCUGCACGAUGGGGCGAGAAAGAGUGGGGACACCGCGUUCGACAGCGGACUGCGAGCCAUGAGGUAUAUGAGUGAUAAGUCUAUGGUUGUCGCCACAAUCUGCAUAACACUGUGCCUGCAUGUGUUAAAUGGAACUCGAUUCCUGGUUACCGCUUGAACAUGCAGCCAACAGGGUGGGGGCUUUUGGCUUGUAUAAUUUGCACAUUGUUUAUGUACAAAUUGUAGCUAAAAUUGUACUGAAAAACUGUAAAUUCAACUAAAAAAAGAGCUGAAAUGGGGUAAUUUGGUUGCAAGGCUUUA